AUGGAGCCGAACUAUCAUCGACCACGGAUUUCUGAUACCUGGAAUGACCAUUCCACGAUUCGAUUAUUCUCAAUUGAUGCAGAAGAACACCAAGCAGCACUCGAGAGUGUUAAGAGCACCGGCAAAGAGAUGGGUUCAAUGGUGGAUGGAGACUUCGUGAUCUGUUGCCCCACUGUUCGUUGCUUCAGUUUCAACGACAAGUUGUUCCUGGAGUGCGCGGUCAGUGAUUUGCGCAGUGUGGAGUGGUCCCGAGUCGCGUUCGAUCGCUUGCAACUGCCAGAAGACAAACGCCACAUCCUUUUGUCAGUAAUAACCUCUCGCCUGUACAGCAACAGCGAAGUGGUUUUUGAUGACUUCAUCAAAGGCAAAGGACGUGGUCUGAAUGUCCUACUUUACGGAGUGCCGGGGGUCGGAAAGACAUUCACUGUCGAGGCAACGGCCGAAUAUUUCCAAGUCCCUCUCUAUUCGGUUUCUGCCGGCGAGUUGAUCGCUGAUCAUGGUGAUCCCCUUCAAUUGGACAUGGUGCUUGAUCGAAUCUUUCACAUCGCGAAGCACUUCAAUGCAAUCAUUCUAAUAGACGAAGCGGAUGUGUUCAUGGAGAACCGUGCAUCCUACCAUAGUAAUCACAACCGUUUGGUGACCAUCUUCCUGCGGAAGCUCGAAUACUACGAAGGCCUCCUCUUUCUCACCACCAACCGCGUGAUGGAAUUUGAUGAAGCUGUUCUGAGCCGUAUUCAUCUAAAGAUCAAAUACGCUGACUUGACCAAGGAUGCGCGACGGGGAAUUUUGACAAGCUUCCCCCCUGCCCGAUGGUCAACUCGACGCAGAAAUUGA